CACACGAUUAAGUGGGAACAGUGUGAAGGAGAUCGAAGGAGAAGAUGAAGAUGAAACUUGGCAUUUCAAGGCUCUCAAGUCUUGUUCCAAUCCUGUUCUCCAUUGUUGUAAUAGGCUGCUGCUUGAUUGCUGCUGAAGGUGGUGAUGACUGCAAAGAGAGUGGCAAGUUGCCAGGGAAGAACCCCCCACCUGGGAAAUGCAACGAAGACGACAACUCAAAGUGCUGUGCAGAAGGCGAGAGCUAUUCCAUCUUCCAGUGUUCGCCGCCGGUGACUGAGCAGACAAAGGCCAUCCUAACUCUGAACAGCUUUCAGGAAGGCGGGGACGGCGGAGGGCCAUCAAAAUGCGACAACAUGUAUCACUCCGACGACGAAGCGGUGGUGGCACUUUCAACAGGAUGGUUCGGGUCCGACGACAAUAAUAGGUGCCACAAGAGCAUCAUUAUCUCUGGCAACGGAAAGGAGGUGAAGGCGACGGUGGUGGAUGAGUGUGACUCCACACAAGGCUGUGAUGAAGAGCACGAUUUCCAGCGUCCAUGCCGUAAUAAUGUCGUCGAUGCUUCCAAAGCAGUUUGGAAGGCUUUGGGUGUGGACGAAAACGGCAAGGACGAGCCUGAAAUUGAAUGGUCCGAAGCGUAGAGAAUAUAUAUAUAU